AUGCAGGAGUCAAGAACAACAGGUUGGUUAGAGCGGAACGGGUACUUGAAGAUAGUGCGCACCGAGAAAUUGACGACCAAGGCGCCAACAAGCGAACCACAACGCAACGCUCCCCGGCAAAAAGCGUUCAUCGUGACCAGGUACCACUGCCCAUUUCACCUUCUACUUCGUGGAUCCCAUCCAGAAUUUAUCCAUCCCAAUGUCCACAAAUUCACCCAUCCCGCACUUACUCGCCGCAAACCCUCCUCAAAACGAAAGGAAAUCCAGUCCUACCUUGCUCAAACAAUCACGAAGGUCGAGGCUCUUGAUCAAGCAAUCGAUUGGGCUCAAGCAUUCCUCGAAGCGCUCCAGUUUGAAAAGGAGACGAAGAUAACGCAGAUCCAAACCGAUCACACAUCACGCUCAUCGAUCCAGCGCUUACCCGGCGACAUCCUCGAGAAGAUCUUUGUCGAAACGCUUCCCAUCCAUAGGAAUUCUACCAUGAGCUUCGACGAUUUCCCUCUGAAGCUGGGCAUAGUCUGCAACGAUUGGAGGGAUCUUGCUCAUUCCUGUUCCAGCCUAUGGUCGACGAUCCACAUCGCGAUACCUGCCAUAGGGUUUCCCGGAGCUGCAGAUCCAACGCCAAUAACCCCUGAACACGAAUGGCAAAUGGAAAUAAAGGUCGCGAUGAGCCUAAAGUACUCGAUAAGUGAGUGGCUCGGGCGCGCGAACGGUCGCCCUUUGUCCAUAUCCGUCGGGUCCCAGCUUCGUGAGGACGUUGCAGAAGAAGCGGUAGAGAUAAUCGUCAGCGCGCUCGUGCCCUUCGCAAAUCAGUGGCGCAAUCUCGACCUCCAGUUCCCAAUGUCUACACUGGUACAACGUAUGCUGGGUCAGAUCCAAGAGAUGCCCGAAACGCCAAACCUUCGUUCAUUACGCAUGCGGGACACGAAACCGUAUAAUGUCCUCGACACCCAUCCCGACGUAUAUCAUUUCAUCAGGAAGCUGCUACCCUCUUCUUCCAAUUUGCAACAGUUUAACGCUUUCUACUUCGAUAUGACACACCGAGAGCAACUCUCCGUUCCGUGGUCGAAGUUGACUAAGCUUAGUCUUGUUCGUUGCAGGAUAGCUCGUUCGCAGAUCGUUGCAAUCCUCCGGCUUGCAAGUCGGUUGGUCAGCUCAAAAUACCCAGGUGCAGAAUUUCAACCUGAUGGUGCAAUCUCUCUUCCUAUGCUGGAGGAAUUCUCGUUCUUCGAGCACAUGUGGCUUUUGGUUCCAUUCCGCCUUCCUCGCCUCCAGAGGCUCAAGUUUGAGGGAAGAGUUGUAUUUCCCGGAGCUCUCAACCCAUUAGAACGAUUCGAUAUUGUAGACCUCCUCUCCCACCAAACCCAGCUCACGAGCCUUCGACUCAAUCUCACAUCGCUCAACGAAAAUACUCUUGUGGAAGUUCUUGCACUCGUUCCGUACUUGAAACACCUAUCGUUCGAAAACCCAUCCGAUCCACGAAUGGUGCAAAUCUUCAACGAACAUCCACCCCAACAAAAUACAAUUGACGGACCAAAUACUUGCGACCCUCACUCCAAUCGAGACUGCAGAUGGAAUUCGCAUCGCCAACUUGUGCCCUCUCAUAGAAACAUUUGA